UCGGUAAGAUUGCGUUCCUGUUUUCCCUCUCUGUAGUCCUAUCUUCAAGUAGUGCCGCCAAUGGCCGAAGGGGGGACUAAAACAAACGUCGAUUCCUAGGACUGCAGUAUGGUGGAAGUUUUUGAAUUUUGAGUAUGUUUAUUUUUAUUUAAAAAUGAAAAGUAGAAAGAAAGGAAGAAGAGUAUUUGAUGUAGUGGAAAAGUUAAGAGCAUACCAAAGCUACGAUUAUGUUAAGACGAAUAAGCGCAGUGAUCCCACUAGUGUUACUACCAAACAUAGAAAACGAACUGAAAUUUAUGAAAGGCUUUUAUCUAAUGAUCACUUCAAGGGGCACAAUCAUUGUGCCUAUUCAUUUCCCCAACAGUAAGCAAUCAACAACCUACGGGAAAGCUUUUGGAGACGUGGCCCAAGCAUUUCUUGAUACUCAUAAAACUUCCGAGAAAUUUCUUUUUGAGACUUGCAAUGCUGCAAAUCAAGGAGUUGAUUUUAUUUCUAAAGACCCUGACGGUACCAACAAACAAGCUGUUGCUGAAAAUAAUCAAUAUCCAAACAGUGCUUUUGAAAUGGAUUUUCUUAAUAGUGGUAUUGAAGAAGAGUUGAUAACACUCAACAACACAGUUCCGGCUUCCACUACAAUGUCAAUUAUGGUUCCUGUUGCCCCAGCACAACCAGUAUUUUCUUAUGAUACUUAUCCGUCAAUUCUGGCUUUCACUGCACUGCAAAUUUCGUUUGCUAGUCCUCCGCCAGAUUUGGAUGCGAUUUCGAAGGCCAAAGAGUUAUCCAAAACUUUAUCGCCGGUAACAGAAGUUAUUCCAUGCAGUCAACAAAGUAGUGCAUCUAGGGGAUUUUGCGAAGAAACAUGUUGCUCGAAUUCCCAUUCCACCGCCUUCAUGAGAUUUAUUACAUGGACUUAUAUUAGUUUUAUAUUAAUUUAUUAUAGCCGGAGGGGAAACAAAUUCGUUUGUUCGUUGAAAUACAGAAAAUAUCGUUCCUGUACACCGACCGGCAAAUAG